AUGUUCUACAGUCAUGAGAUUCUGACAAAUCGCAAGUAUGGUAUCGCAACUAUAUGGCUGGUCGCGACUCUGGGUUCUAAGUCAAAUACGAAGAAAUUGACCCGAAAGGCAAUCUGCGAUGUCAACCUUAAAAAAGCAUGCAGUACCAUCAGCGAGCCGGAAGCACCUAUGGCCCUGCGUCUUCAAAGUAAUCUCCUAUAUGGCGUUGUCCGAGUCUACUCUCAACAGUGCGACUAUGUUCUACAAGAUGCUCAAGCUGCUCAAGCAACCAUUCGCACUUUGUUCAAGGUGUCCAAAACUAGCAAUCUUGACUCAACGGCUUCUAACGCAAAACGCGAUCAAAUUAUGGUGUUGGAUGAUCCUGCUUUCCUUCCCGAACUUGAGCUCCCGCCGCUGCAAGAUUUCGAAUCUCUGGCCUCCAAUUUCAACAAAAGCUCCCAACGGUCAUCACAAUCUAUGAUGUCUAUCGAUCGUGAGCGGGGUAGCUCGGUAUCGUCAAUGAGUGUUGCGGCUCUUGAGUUUCCAUCAUCAAGUCGUAACAGCAUGCUAUCAUAUCAGCUACCAAACAACGAUCCUUUCGCUCUAUCUUCUGCACACAAGCCAAUCAUUGGUGAGGACUGUGGAACAAAUGACGAAGAACUCUUGUUGUACGAUGAUGCCGCAUUCGAAUUCGAUGAUGAGGGUAAUUUACGAGACAUCUCUCCUGCGGAGAUUAAUGUCCGCCAGAUUGAUAAAGGCGUGGCUGCACGGAAUCGAUUGAGUAGCUCUGCAGCUAGUGACCGUGUUCGAGCUGAUCAUGCAAUUGGCAAUUUUGAAGUCCCGGAUUUUGGCGGAGAUGAUUACGGGAUUCAAUAUGGACGGGAUGAGGAGUUGCCAGACGCAGAGCCAUUCUCGCAAUUAGGCGCACAUAACGAAGGUCCAUUCAUGAGUGGAGGCUUACAACAAGACGAUCAACCUCUACACAUGAAUACACCCGAUCUCGUGUCUGAUCAUCCGUCUGGAAAGCACUCUUCUGAAGACCCCAGCUUUGAAAGCGCCGAAGCUCCUAGUAAGCGAAGAAGGAUCACAAAAAAGAAGAAGAAUCUGGUGGACUCGACACUCGCCUUGACAAACAAUGAUUUGCGAAGGUUUAAAGACAAUUAUCUUGCAACCAUGGCUGCUUCAAUACAACAUAGCAACGUGUACAAAGCAGCUUUCCAAGCGAGAAAGAAUGCUCAACAUCUUGUGUUUGGUACAGGUAUCAUGGGUGUGGGGAAUGGGUUGGGAUCUUUCUCUAUACUCAGCCCGCUUCAGUCAUUUGCUGGAGAUGUUCUUAAGGCUAAGAUCACUGGAACGGCAGUACCUAGCUCUCUUAAGCGAAACAGAGAGGCAGAGAAGCCUAACCAAGACAGCCACUCCCCUAAGCGAGCUCGAGGAGAAGAUGAAGUUGGUCGUGGAUAUGAAGAUGAAGUGCUUCUCAAUUUUGACGAGGAUAUGCCAGAAGAAGGUCGUAGCAGUAGUGGUGUAGAGAUGGGAAGAGAUGCUCCGUCUGCUCUCCCAGAUUUCCCAUCUUCAGCUAUGCCGUGGAAUGUUUCUGCUUCCGUUCAUUCGCACCAGCGCGGUCUUUCUUCUAGAAAGCCAGGUUCAAUGCUUUCGGGCGGCCGAAGACCAAUGUCACAAUCCCCUCUCAUCGGUCGUGGCUCCAAUCUUCCAGGAAAUCUUGACCACCUCUCCCUACUCAACGACGAAGAUACGAUUUUCUACGGCCGCGAGGACGACUUCCAAAGCAUAUCCGGCCAUUCUCAACCAAACUUCGGUCUUCCCAGCUCCUCCCGCGCCGUCUCCAAUCCACCCAACCCCGACGACUUUGAGCUCUUCGGCCCGGCAGCAGCAGUCGACACGCAAACUGCCGGAACCUCUCAAUGGGUUCGUCAAGCUCUCGACAACGAAAGUCACAAUUUCUUAGAGUAUGUUCGGAAUAGUGUUGAUGAGAAAACAGGUGAUGAGCUUGCGGGGAUCGGGACUGAGAAACCAUUUGUGACGUUCGAACAGCUUUUCGAGGUUCAGAUGCAUUCGAAGGUUGUAGCUGCGCAGGCGUUCUAUCAUGUGCUUACGUUGGCUACGAGGGGGAGUGUGUGGGUUAGUCAGGGGAGAGAGGAGAUGGGUGGGGAGAUUAGAGUUGGUGUUAGUGUUUGA